GUGGGAGGAUCCGCGGGGGAUAGAGGGGUGCUGAGGCGAAUCAGGCCCGUCCCUCCUGCCCUGAGGCCCUUCCCGAGCUCCGGGCCCGGGAGCUCCCCGGGACACCCCCGUGCGCUCCGUCCGCCGUUCCCGGGGCUGGUCCUUCAGGGCUCCCCUAGACUCGCUGCCCCCAGCACCCCGUCAUUCCCCGUUAUGCCCUCCCCAGCACCCGUUAUUCCCCGUUCCGCCCCCCAGCACCCCAUUAUUCCCCGUUAUGCCCCCCCCAGCACCCCGUUAUUCCCCGUUAUGCCCCCCCAGCACCCCGUUAUUCCCCGUUCCGCCCCCCCCCCCCAAGCCACCCCCUCCGGGUGCCCCCCUCCUGCCAUCCCCACUUUCCACGCGGGACCCUCCAGAGACCCUCAGUCCCCAUCCCUGUCCCUCUCCCUGAGCCUCUUCUCCCUCUCCCCCCCCCCAAAAAAAACAUCCUCACACUCCUCCGGUGCCAGCCCUUCUCCGAUGCGGGGUCCCCUCCUGGCGGGGGCCAUGGGGGGCGCGGGGGGUCCCCUGGCCCGCACCAUCCGAGCCAAGCUGACGGCGGCCCUGCAGCCCACCCACCUGGAGGUGCGGGACGACUCCCCCCGCCACGGGGGCCCCCCCGGGGCCGAGACUCAUUUCGGGGUGCUGGUGGUGAGCGGGCGCUUCGCGGGGCUGCCGCCGCUGCAGCGGCACCGCCUGGUGCACGAGGCGCUGCGGGCCGAGCUGGCCGGGCCCCUGCACGCCCUGCAGGUGGUCGCCCGCACCCCCGAGCAGUGGCAGAGUGACCCCCAAAACCCCCCCGCGCCCCCUUGCCUGGGGGGCUCCAAGCGGGAGAAGCAGAAGGAGGAGGAGGAGGAGAAGCAGUGAUGGUUCUGGGAGACGCCCAGGAACAGCGUGGGGCUGCUGAGACCCCCCUCCUCCACUCAGCGUGGGGACCCCCCCAGGAACAACGUGGGGAUCCCAGGACCCCCCCAGGAACAACGUGGGGAUCCUGGGACCUCCCCCAUGGACAGCGUGGGGAUCCCAGGAACAGCGUGGGGAUCCCAGGACCCCCCCCAGGAACAACGUGGGGAUCCCAGGACCCCCCCCCAGGCAUGGUGUGGGGAUCCCAAGAACCCCCCCCAUGGACAGCGUGGGGAUCCCAGGACCCCCCCAGGAACAACGUGGGGAUCCCGGGACCCCCCCCAUUGACAGCAUGGGGAUCCCAGGACCCCCCCCCCCAGGCACGGUGUGGGGUUCCUGAGAUCCCCCCAGGAACAGCAUGGGGAGCCAGGACCCCCCCAGGAACAAUGUGGGGCUCCCAGGACCCCCCCCCAGGAACAACACGGAGCUGCCAGGACCCCCCCCAGGGACAGCGUGGGGUUCCUGGGACCCCCCCCCAGGCACAGUGUGGGGUUCCUGGGACCCCCACCCCGGUGUCAGCGUUGGGAGGGGGCAAAAAUAAUGGGGGUGACCCCCCCACACACCCCAUAGCACCCCCACCCUGCAGGGGAUUUUUUUGGGGUGUCCCUCCCAUUGAAUCAGUUUAAAUAAAUGUGUUCUGUGGGCA